UACUUUCGCUUCCCAAAGCUGCCCGUGACCUCUGCUUAUCCCGCAAGGAGGAUUGCACCGCGGUGGGACGUGUGCCGGCCACGGCACGCACCCACCCCGAAACCCAUGGAUGAUGCUCUACAGAAGCUAUCAGUCGUACUGUCAACGGCUGCAGCAUGACAUGCAUUUCCUUACAAGCACUAGCCGACUGAAUGAGCAAGUGGUUGAUAAAAUUGUUCUUCAGCUUAACAGAGUCUAUCCCCAAAUUCUUACCAAUGAAGAAGCAGAAAAGUUCAGGAACCCAAAGGCAUCACUCCAAACCAGACUCUCAGAUCUGUUAAAACACCUCCAAAAGAAAGGAGACAGACACUGUCAGGAGUUUUACAGGGCUCUGCAGAUCAAUGCUGAACAGCUGUUUAAUGACCUGCCAAGCAGGAAAAUCUUGAAAACCCCAGAUCCCACAGAGAUAGACACUGACAAGGAGCAAUAUAUGCUAAAUGACAGGGGCCCGGUGUUCUUCCUGGCGUGUUUCAGCGUGGCUGCAGGACUGGCCCUGUUCUGGUACUGCUGUAACUCAGAAACACAAGUCAUAGGAAGAGCCAGGAGAAUCUUGGGCUUUUCUCCUAUUAUCAUAGGAAGACAUGCUAGAAAUAUUUGUAUGUUGUAUUUGGAAGACAUGUCAAGAAAUUAAGGAAAAACUCUUCGCAUGUCUGUACAGUACAUCGGCCAAAGGAACCCAGUGGUGCAUAAAAAUGUCCUGUACUCAUACCAAAGAUUUUAUUAACUAGCUUCAUCAAUAAUUGCCUUGCCUCCAGAUGUAUUUGGAAUUUCAGUUAUAAUGUCCUUCUUUAUGGGAAUGGACCGUUUAUUUUUGUAAAUGCUUAAAGUAUUUAUCAUUUGUAUAAAAAGUAUUUUUAUUACAAGCUUUAAAAUGAUCUGUUAAGUGAGUGUGGGUCUGAAGCCAUGUUUGCAUAUGUAUUUUCCAUACUGAAAUGAAGGAUCACAACUUUUUGAAGAACUCUGGCCUGUCUUUUGUGACAAUUAAUUUCAGAAAAGAACUUAAACACAUGCACUCAAAGCCUUACUAAGAAAUGUGUCUCUGUCUCAGAAUUGUCUGUUUUGUCCAGAUCCUUUAUAGUCACUGCCUGAGCUCAGGUGGGCACUGGCACCUGUGAGGAGUUUAUGGGGGCCAGUUCCCUUUACGUGUGCCUUGUAGUCACUGUGUCUUCUGAUUCCCUGUUGGUGCCUCAUCCCAGCCUGCCUUGUUCCCUGGCACACUCAGUGCUGGUUCCCAGCCCAUGGGGUGUUCCAGGGAGAGGAAUGUCUGACCUGAAGCACUUCAGACUGCCUAGAGAAUGUUCCAGAUCAAUUUAGCUUUCCCUUUCCCAGUGAAGUGAAGGGAGGCUCUGCAGAGAGACGUGGACUAGUUGGAGUUGGGCAGUCACCAGCCAAGUGAAGUUCAACAGGGGGAAGUGCCAGAUUGUGCACCUGGGGUGGGGCAGCCCUGGACAGGCUGGGCAAGGAGAUGCUGGAGAGCAGCACCGUGCAAAGUGACCUGGGAACUCUGGUGGGUGGAAAAUUUGUUAUGAGUCAGCACUGCCCUGGCAGCCAGGGGGGACAUCCCUGUCCUGGGGAGCACCAGGCCCAGCAUGGCCAGCUGGGCCAGG